UUGGAUCGUCCCCUUGACGAAUCGACCAUGGGAACCAUACAGCCUGAAUGGUAUUGCACACUUUGGAGAGAGAACAGCACUUCACCAAAGGAUCCCAUCGUCGUACAUGAUUGGCUGCGGUGCAAUUCUCCAGUGAAGUACAGCAGUUUAGAGGAGGGAAACUACACGUUCAGUGUGCGAGCGACGAGCUUUCUCAAUGAAGAUCGAGAUGGUCUGAGUGGCUGGCCAGAAUCAAGGAGGUUUGUCAUCGACGUCACUCCACCGAAGCUCACCUUGCUAUCACAGCCAGCCUCCUAUUUACAAAGCUCGUCCUUCUUCGUGAAUUUCGCUGCCAACGAACCUGUCAUUGCCAAAUGUUACCUUCAAAGAGGAGUCAUAGAUGCACAGCUGAGAAGGGUCCCAACUGAGCCUAGUACCAAAAAUGCAAGCCAGAGUAACCCCCAUCUCAAGGGCAAAUAUAAAAACAAAUCACCCUCCCAGCAAGUAGCUCCACUUCUCGUUCGGAGCAACAUCGCCGCCAAGCAUUCUGUGAAUCCAAGUCCAGCUUCUGAUUUGCCGACAGCUCUCAGCUACACCAAAGGAGAUGAUGACUAUUUCAAUCACUCCAUCGGAAACAGUGACCACGGCGACAUAUCGCCGCUAAAUGAGAAACUGCCACUGCGCAUUACCAAUUCAACGACAUCUGGUUACGGCAAGAAAAAGGGAAGGAAGGACAUGUCAGCGACUGCGAUGGAGGAGCCUGAUGGAAGCAUCACAGUGCAGAGUGCAACAUUCAUGCCAUGGGCGGCGAUAACCCAGUCUGACUCAAGGAUCGAACCAGCCAGCAAGAACAAGGAGAUUACUGGAAAUGGUGGGGUAAAUGAAGUUAUUCCAAAGUUCCCUUCCUUGGGCCCUGACGAGACAAACAUGGAGCCGAUUGACCUUCCGGAAGAGCCAAGCGGGGGGUUUGAAUUCCAGAGUGCUGUGGGGAGAUGGGUGUCUUGCAAGGACCCUAUCAGGUAUUACAAUGUGUCAGAUGGGCCAUACAGAGUCCUGUUAUUAGCGUCCGAUUUGGCUGGAAACAGAGGGGAGGUACAAGCAGUGAAGUUUCUUAUUGACACUUUGGGCCCAGAUGUCUAUAUCUUGUCCCAAUCCCAAGAACAAGAUGGUUCCUUCAAGGUGUCAUUCUCUGUCGUGGAUGAACUUGUUGGUUCAGGAGUUGCGGGAUCGUUCUGCACUGUAACACAAGAUCCAAUAGAGGUGGAGGUCUGGAUGCCUUGCUUCAGUCCCAGAGUCUAUGAACUGGAGCCACUUGGCAAUUACACGGUAAAGGUUAUGGGGUACGACAGGGCAGGCAAUGUUGGCAGGAAAGCUGGCACUGCUCGUUUUCCACUGCUUGGCACAAAUGACACAUGGGACACAGACACAGCCGCCAGUGAGCCUUGGCCAUACUUCCUUCCCCCUUUGCCUCGCCGUGUUAACUCGGAGUACAGUAUCACCUUCAGCUUCGGCGGCACAUCCCAAAGCAGAUUUGAGUGCACAUUUAAUGAUGGAGAAGCAAGUGAAUGCCACAGCCCGGCCAGAGUGCAGGUGAGCAAGGAUGGUGGCCAUAUCUUCAAAGUGCGAGCACAAGGCCCCUCUGGGGUUUGGGGUCCCUACAUAGGGUUCCAGUGGGUACGGGGUCAGAAAGGAGUGUUGCUGGGGACUUUCAGUCCCAUGUUCUGGCUAAGUGGAAGUGAUGCCCAGGGCACAGGAGUGGUUGCUAUAGAGUGCGGACUCUUGGCGGAAGGGCAGUACAACCCUGCGGACAGCAGGACUGCCAGCAGCAGUCUGAGAGCAAACCUCGUAGAAAAUAUUGAUCUGCACGGAUGGAAGGAAUGUCGCACACUGACAUUUUAUAGUAAUCUUGCAAACGGAAUUUACACAUUUUCCGCACGAUCAAGAGAUGCAGCUGGCAAUGUGGACCCGACCCCAUCAUCAAAUGUGUUCGUCAUUAACAAAUGGUCUGCCAAGGAAGGUUCCCUCGGCCAGCUGGGAAUGGCAGAACUAGUCAGUCAACCAUUGAAUUUGAUCUCCUGUGACAGCACCCAAGGAGGGGUGGGUGAGUUGGGGGGAGUGGGUGCAGGGGAGGAGGAAGAUGACAGCGAGUCGGACAGUGACGAAGAUUCUUAUGGAAACGGCGAUGGCGAUGAUGAUGAUGACGAGGACGACGACGGCAGCCAUAUCCCCCAUGGACAGGCAAUGCCUGGAAGUGUAGAUCUAUUAGCAGGAGGAAACCAGCACCAAUCACCAGGGGGUAUUGACGACGGCGCCGCUUAUGGUGGCUAUGGUGGCGGCGAUGGCCGCGGUACUAGUGGGGCAAUCGGCGGCGGGGAAGAGGAGGGGGGUGGUGCAAGUGAGAAAGUAGAAGAUGAUGACGAAGACGAGCUGCUGAGAUUGGAAUUGGAGGCGGCCGUGACUAAUCAUCAGAACGGCGAUGAUUACGAGGACGACGACGACGACGACGACGAGGAUGGGUUGGGGAAGAAGGAAGAAGGUAUGGAGGGGUUGUUUGCGGGAAUGGAGUACGAGCGCACGGAGUUCCCCAGCCAUAGAAACGGGGGGGGGGGUCAAGCAAGCUAUGGCGGCGGCGGGAUCAGUGGUGGCAGUUGUAGUACCCAGAGGGAAAGUCGGAUCGUUGACCUAUCGCGAUCGGGGGAUGAGCAGGAUUCCCGAGGUGGGAGGGGACUCCUGGAAUCAGAGAGACAGAAGAGGAGGGAAGCGAUGAAGAGGAGGAGGGAGGAGGAGAUGGCAAAGGGGGAAGGAGCAGCGGGAAAGCGUCAAGCCACAGCAGAGGGAAAGAAGGGAGGCGGUGGAGGGGGUAGGUCAGUGGUGACUUCUGCUGCUGCUGGGGGGGGGGGGUGUGCUACUGCUCCUUCCUCUCUCCCGCCGCCUUCGGCUCAGAGUUGUGCUAAACCCUCGACGACGACGGGGGCAAAACGCAUAGGUCAUAUGCCUGAGGGAUGGGUAGAGUGCCCUUGCUUUGGAGAGUCGUUGGGCAAAUUGGUACCGUGCAAGGUGCCAUUAGGGGAGGCGUUCAAGGAUCUGAUAAAGCCCGGCGGGCGAUUCACUCCGGCUCUCAUGAUUCAGAAGCAAAAGGCGCUGUCGCGGCAGAUUGGACUGGUGAUAGAUCUGACGAAUACUCGGAGAUACUACAUGGAAAAGGAGUGGACGGCUCACAAUGUUAAGCAUUUGAAGAUCCCGUGCAGAGGGAAGGGAGAGGCGCCAGAUGCAGAGUCCGUCAAUCGGUUUGUAUUUGAGCUGCUACGGUAUUUCGCGGCGCCAGUGGGAAGAGGGGGAGGGGGAGUAGGACAGCAGCAACACAAGUACGUCGUCGUUCAUUGCACUCAUGGGUUUAAUCGGACGGGGUAUAUGAUAAUCAAUUACUUGCUAAGGACAGUGGGAGGGAGUGUGGAGGAGCACCUGAAGGCGUUUGCUAGGGUGAGGCCUCCUGGAAUUUACAAGGCUGAUUACAUCAGGGAGCUGUUCUGCAACUAUCAUCAAAGAGGGGUGGAAUCGAUCGAGUUCCCGCCAAAACCGGAGUGGAAGAAGAGCGACGACGACGAUGAUGGAGAAGAGGAGGAGACCGGCGGUGGCGGGAAACCCGCCGGGGAAGCCGCGUCUGCGAAAACAGACCCGUCAGGAGGAGGAGGAGGAGGUAAGGAGGCGGAGGAUUCCAAGAUGACCAACGAUGACAUCUUAGGAGUGGCUAUUCCAGAUGAGCAGCAGUUUGAGCUUCAGAAAAUCUGCUGUUGGGCGUUUAACAUGUUGCCUCAGGCAGGAGGAGGCGGAGGAUAUAAUCAUAAUCAUCAUCAUCAUCAUCAUCAUCGUCAUCGUGAUCUUCGAUUUCCCGGUUCCCAACCCGUUUCCUUGGACCGAAAGAACCUGGAACUCUUAAGGCGGAAGUAUUAUUAUGUGACGUGGAAGGCUGAUGGCACUCGGUACAUGCUUCUGAUCACUAGAGAUGGGGUGUAUCUGAUUGAUCGGGCCUUUCGGUGUCGGCGGGUGCAGAUGCGUUUCCCGCUAAGGGGCAAGGUUAUGAAAGACCGGCUAGGGGAGACUCACGCGUUCACUCUGCUUGAUGGGGAGAUGGUCAUCGACACGGAGCCGACAGGUGUCAAGACAAGAAGGUACUUGGUCUACGAUCUCAUGAUGCUUGGGAACGCUCCGAUCGUGAAUCUUCCCUUCAGCGAACGGUGGAGAUUGAUUGAGGAGGAGAUCAUUUUGCCCCGACGGGAGGAGGAGUUCCUAAACCCUAAGUAUGAAUACAAGGCGGAACCCUUUCGCGUCCGCAGGAAGGACUUCUACCAGCUUACGGCGACGAAGGACCUUCUGGGGAAGUUUAUGAAAGCCUUGAGCCAUGAGGCGGACGGGCUGAUCUUUCAGUGCUGGGACGAGAUCUACGUGCCGCGGACACACGAAGGGCUGCUGAAGUGGAAGUAUGCGCACAUGAACUCUGUCGAUUUUCUCUUGAAGAUCGAAAAGGACGUGCCCGCGUUGUAUCUGAUGGAAAAAGGCGGGAGAUUGCGGGUGCUGGAGUAUGCCAAGGUGUCGUUGAAAGACGAAGAUCCGGAGAAGUUGGCGGGAAACAUCAUCGAAUGUUCGUGGAACAAACAGGAGGAGGCCUGGGAGUUUAUGAGAAUAAGACCGGACAAAACCACGCCAAAUGCGUACCAUGUGUACGAGAAGGUGAGGGCCAGCAUAGAGGACAAUAUCACGGAGGAGGACUUGUUGAAAUACAUCUACCAGGUCGUGGGAUUGCCAAUGUAUGACGCGAGAAUCACCAAGAAGCUCGGCCCGGGGGCUCAGCAGCAACAGCAGCACCGUCCACAACCUCCUCCUCAUCAUCGCGUUCAACAGAUGACGCCGCGAUCUUCCCAUCGUCCUCAGCAGCAGCAGCAUGGGCCGCCGCCGCAGCAGCAGCAGCAGCAUGGGCAGCCGCCGCAGCAGCAGCAGCAGCAUGGGCCGCCGCCGCAGCAGCAGCUGCUUGGACAACAGAGCGGCACGGCACAUCAUCCGCAACAUGUGCAGGUCGCCCAGACGUCCAAUCAGUAACCCCUCUUCCCCACUAGGCUAGCUACCCCUGCGUGGGGAAGAGUCGAGAGAGAUGGAGAGACGCAAACAGUACAGGGAUGUAGUGUAUUGCUGCACAGGUGGGCGGGAAACGACCAGACGAAAAGAGGGGGGAGAGCGAUGUUGUGCCACAUUUUUCCUUUCUUGCUUAGGAAGGGUUUUGGGUUUGUAUGUAGGAAAACGUGUUUUGCUUGUUCUGCAGGCUUUGAGUUGGAAUGAGAGCAGUAGCGCGGGCUAGCCAGCCAGCUACACACAGAGUCCGACGGAACAGUCUGGCACAGUCACACACAGAGAGAGAGAGAGAGAGAGAGAGAGAGAGAGAGAGAGAGAGAGAGAGAGAGAGAGAGAGAGAGAGAGAGAGAGAGAGACUUUGUCUUAUAGCCGUUGACUAGACAUAAUUUCAAUAAUAUAGCCCGUCUAUUGCAAAAUUUUCACUCAUGGUUCUCGCGACUGGGAUGUUUACGAUAACCACAUGUUGUGGGUUAGUUCACGUAGCAGUCAGCUUCUCUCUGCUGUGAAAUGUGAAACGUGGAGAGAGAUGGUGAUAUAUAUUAAGGGUGUCGGUGAUUCCAGUUGGGGAGGGUGGGGGUUCUUAGCGGGCGGGAAGGCAAGGUGGUGGGAUAGGUUAUGGAAAGAGACAUGCUUGAGGGUUGAGAGCUGCCCUUCAUGGUCCUGGACACACGAGAGAGAGAGAGAGAGAGAGAGAGAGAGAGAGAGAGAGAGAGAGAGAGAGAGAGAGAGAGAGAGAGAGAGAGAGAGGUGCAAUGCUGAUCGUAUUGGGUGAGGUGAAGGGGAUGUAGUUCCGGUCGGAUCCAUCAUGGUGGUAUUGAGGAAUGGAGAUUUGGUACGAGUCCUGAGUGAAGGAAGCGAGGGCCUGAGGAAUGACGAGGAGGAGGGAUAAGUAAUCGUUUUCAGGCAGAACCUUGCUGUGGUCUCAGAUGAUGACACAGGGAAUGUGCGGUGGGGUUCUCGCUGCUGGCUGUACUUGGGGCCCGUUCCGGGGGACGGGUGUUUUGGUGCUUUUGCGGUCUUUUCCAAUUAAAGGUUGUCUUAAUUUGCUCGGGGUAGCCGUAGUUGAGGGAUGUGGACUGGUGAUUGCUAUUUAGGAAGUCAAAGGCAACAACCCUACCUUCUUCGCCCGAAUACAACGUACGGUCACAACGGCUGUAUUUGGGGUAUCUUUCAGUCUAAAUGCGCAGCAGUAAUGACCAUACGUCGUAUUUGGGUGGAGAAGGUAGAUUGGCAAUGAAUCAUUGGGAUUGGA